AAAUACAUGCUCACUUCUUCUCACCUUCCUAGCCAUUUCCUUCAAUCAAACCAAACCAAACCACUCUCAUUCAUCAACUCCUUCUUAACACUUUCUUUUCUUCCUCUUGAAUCAAAGUCCCAAAAAUUUUCACUUUUUUUUUUCAUCAAGAAAAAAAAACUUUAUUUUAGAAGGUUGAACUUAAGAGAUGGGUUUGAGUUCUAAGCAAGUUUCUAGUAGAGGUGUUGAUUGGAACCAAACCUUGUUACAAGAUCAAACCUUAGAACUACCAAAAGCUUCACCUAUGAGAAAACAACAACAUCAACAACAACAACAAAAUCAUCAACUAGAAGCUGUGAAUUGUCCAAGAUGUGAUUCUACAAACACCAAGUUUUGUUACUACAACAAUUACAACAAGUCUCAACCUCGUCAUUUCUGUAGAGCUUGUAAGAGACAUUGGACUAAAGGUGGAACUCUAAGAAAUGUUCCUGUUGGUGGUGUUAGAAAGAACAAAAGAGUAAAAAAAUCAACUACUAUUAGCACCUCCUCAAAAACUACUAUUAGCACCUCCUCAAAAACUACUAUUACCACCCCCACCCCCACCACCUCAAAUGCCACAACCACACCUUCUAUGUAUGAACCUCUCAUUCAUCCACCAUCUUUUUUUCCAUCUCAGAAUCUGAUGAGUACUAGAGAUUCAUCACAAGGUAACAAUGAAGAGUUUGGUAUUGGUAAUGGUAUCUUUCUGAGUUCAUCUAUGGAUUUACCUCAAAACCAAAGCCUUAUAUUCCCAUUCUCAAACUCAAGCUCUUUGAGAUCAUCCAAUGCAUAUAACUAUGGAGAAGAGAUAAAAGUCAUGGAAGAUUCAUCUCUUAACAACACUGUAAUGCCAAGUACUAGUGGUGCUAUUACACAGCCAUGGGAGAAUAUUCCCGCAACAGGAAAUAGUGGCAUGGAAAUGUCAAACUAUUGGAGUUGGGAGGAUAUUGAUUCUUUGGUCUCAACUGAUCUUAAUGUUCCUUGGGAUGAUUCUGAUAUCAAACCCUAAUAAUAUCCAGAUAUCAGUGUUUUAAAAACCGAACCAGACAGUUUCAUUCUGAAUCUGAGAGUUCAAUUUUUAGUGUUUGUUAACACAUGGUAGUUUAGUUUCCAAUGUCUAUAGAAUGGUGUUUUUGUGUUUGAUACAUAUUAGUAAGUGUUCUUGUUUUCAGAUGGAACAUAUUAUGGACUGGUGUAUGAGUAUCUACUGCACCUGUGUUUUUCUUAUGAAGUAUUUGAAGCUGACUUAUUUUAGUUUCAGCUUCAGAUUCAAGUAAGAAUGUCUAAUUAAUUAAUGUAUGAUCCAAUGUGUUUACCUA